UCCGCCGUGUUCUGCUGGGGACUUGUGAAUGGCAGCCAAUGGGAGGGUUGAGUCCCCUCAGCCUCUCAGCCUCCCUGACAUCCACAGCGAGAAGUGAUGCAGCGCGACUGAGACGCGCAGUUGAGGUGGAACAACGGGCAACAAAAGCUGCAGUGAACGGAUACACUUGGUCUCCGACGUGCGCCUCGGCGAGCCUGGGAAAAAAAAUCUGCUCCUAGAAUAAACUUCAUUAUCAGGUGCUGUUUGCCGCCCUAUAUGAGUCUGAGGAGCCUUUCCUGCUUCAGUAGAUUACAGCAUGAGGACUGAUCCAAUACUCUGACCAAAAACCACUGAGACCACUGAGGGGGGAGAAGACAGAAGGUUCUGGUGGUGGUGUGGCCAUGGAUAGAAGGAAAGUUUGCGCAUUGAUGGUGCUGUGGGCUAUGGCCCACCUCAGCUCUCCAGGGUACGGGCUCAGGGCCCUGCGAAGGACUACAGGGGGGCGGAGGGGGUCCACAGGGCUGACAGGACAGGACGCCAAUGGAGUUCCGCUCAGGCGUUCCAAACGAGGUUGGAUGUGGAACCAGUUCUUUUUGUUGGAGGAGUACACCGGGACAGACAUGCAGUAUGUCGGAAAGCUUCACUCAGAUUCAGAUCGAGGAGAUGGAAGCGUGAGGUACGUCCUCACAGGGGAAGGAGCGGGGACCCUCUUCAAGAUAGAUGAGAAUUCAGGUGACAUCCACGCCACCAAGAGGCUGGACAGGGAGGAGAAGGCCUACUACAUCCUCCACGCCAAAGCCGUCAACCGCUUCACCAACGAGGCUUUAGAGGGUCAGUCCGAGUUCAUCAUCAAGAUCCACGACAUCAACGACAAUGAGCCUCGAUUCACCAAGGACCUGUACAUGGCCAGAGUCCCAGAAAUGUCAGACAUUGGCGCCUCGGUAAUUCAGGUGACAGCCACAGACGCCGACGACGCCACAUACGGAAACAGCGCCAGGGUGGUGUACAGCAUCCUGGAGGGCCAGCCGUACUUCUCUGUGGACCCAGAAACCGGCCUCAUCAAGACAGCCCUGCCCGGCAUGGACAGAGAAGUCAAAGAAAACUACCAGGUUGUGAUCCAGGCUAAAGACAUGGCCGGACAGAUGGGUGGACUCUCUGGAACCACAACGGUCAGCAUCACCCUCUCUGAUGUCAACGACAACCCGCCACGCUUCACCAAGACCCUCUACGAGUUCAGAGUGCCCGAGUCCAUCGAGCUCGGGUCUGUGGUGGGACUGAUCCGGGCCAUGGAUGCUGACAUCGGCGAGAACGCAGAGAUGGACUACAGGAUCAUCGGGAGCGACGGCCCCGGCAUGUUUGAUGUCUCCACCAAUAGGAGCACGCAGGAGGGCGUCAUCGUGCUGAGGAAGCCUCUCGACUUUGAGAGGAAGCGUCAGUACAGUCUCCGUGUUCAGGUGGAAAACGUCCACAUCAACCCUCGCUUCUUCUCCGUGGGCCCCUUCAGGGACGAGGCCAGUAUCAAGAUCAUCGUAGAGGAUGUGGACGAGCCGCCGGUGUUCGAGCGCGCCAGCUACGUCAUGGAGGUCAAAGAAGACGCCGCCAGGAACACCGUCAUCGGCUCCGUCAGCGCGUCUGAUCCCGACGACAAGAACAGUCUCGUCAGGUACUCUAUUGAUCGGCGCACGGACAUGGACAGAGUGUUCAACAUCCAUGCUGGCAACGGGUCAGUGUUCAUCUUCAGGGAGCUGGACAGAGAAGAGAACGCCUGGCACAACAUCUCUGUCACCGCCACAGAGUUCAACAACCCUCGGCAGAUCAGCCGUGUACCUGUUUACAUCAGAGUGCUGGAUGUCAACGACAACGCUCCGACAUUCGCCACCAAUUAUGAGACGUUUGUGUGCGAGAACGCUAAGGCUAAUCAGAGGAUACAAACCGUGAGUGCCACAGAUCCUGACGAGCCCCUCGGAGGACACAGGUUCUUCUUCAGUCUUGCACAGGAGGCUGCUGGGAAGGCUAACUUCUCUGUCCGUGAUAACAAAGACAACACGGCCUGGAUUCUAACCCGGAGGAACAGCUACAACAGCCUGCACAAGAGCGUCUACCACGUGCCUGUGGUCAUUUCUGACGGAGAGUUCCCUAUGCAAAGCAGCACCAACACCCUGACGGUCCGAGUGUGCACCUGCGACCGCGAGGGCAACAUGAAGCUGUGCAACGCCGAGGCACUCACAGCGAGGGCGGGACUCAGCACGGGCGCCCUGGUGGCCAUCUUGCUUUGUGUCAUCAUUCUGCUCAUGAUCGUGGUGCUGUUUGCUGCCCUGAGGAGACAGAGGAAGAAGGAGCCUCUGAUCAUCUCCAAAGAGGAUGUCAGAGACAACGUUGUCAGCUACAACGACGAAGGGGGCGGAGAGGAGGACACUCAGGCCUUUGAUAUCGGCACACUGCGCAACCCAGAGGCCAUCGAGGAGAGCAAGCAGCGGAGGGACAUUGUCCCCGAGACCUUCUACCCUCCGGUUCGACGGCCUGUGCUGCCCCCGACUCGGGACAAUAACGGGGACGUGAGAGACUUCAUCAACCAGAGGCUCCAGGACAACGACAGUGACCCAACGGCGCCGCCUUACGACUCCCUGGCCACCUACGCCUACGAGGGAAACGGUUCCGUAGCGGAGUCUCUCAGCUCACUCGAGUCGGUGACCACCGAUGGCGACCAGGACUACAACUACCUGAGCGAGUGGGGACCCCGGUUUAAGAAACUGGCAGACAUGUACGGGGGCGACGACAGCGACAGGGAUUCCUAACGAGAGCCUGGCACACAGACGAGGAGAGAAAUGUGAAACACGUUUAAAACUUUCUGGUGAUUCUGGUGCAUGUGUGGCGAGAGAAAUGGCGAAAGGACUGAGAAACGAGCACCGUUUGUCUGAGUGCUCUUUCACCGCCAUCGAUCACCAUUCGGUUGUCCAGUUGACCAGACGUAGGCUUUGUGUGUCCAGUCAGUGUUAGUUGCGUUUUUUGCAAGGGUGCAGUGAAAAGAGACUUUGUGUCAAGACUUUUUUGUGUGUAUACGGGGUGCACAUGAGGCCCAAAUAUAUCUAUACCGAUAUUUUCUUUUUGUUUGUUUUUCCAAAGCUGCGAGUGAUGGACACGUUCAAUGAGCAGUUUUGUAAACCAACAGAUAUGCCUAUGUAUUUUUCAGUGUUUCUGGGACAAAAACAUGCUGCAUAUUGUGAGUUCUAUCUUAGCUUGUGUACGUACGGUAAUAUGAUACAAUACGCUGUACAGUUGUUUUGUUUUUCUAGGGAUCUCUAUUGUCCAAAUGAUCCCUCCUUUCAGUGAUGGCUGCCUCACAUUAGCCACUUAUCCACAGUUGGGCUUGAGCCAGAAGUGCCAGAAAAUGUAGGCAUUGUCGUCUCUGAUGAAAAAAUGAGAAUACAGAUUGGAUAUGAGCGGUAUAUAUCAACAAAAUUUGUGUCCCUUGCUGUCGACGAGUGGCUAAUGUUCUUUAAAGCUUACAAGAAGCUGUGGUAAGUGAAUGUGGAUUUUAUGGCCAAACAAACACCCGCAAACACACCAGUUUGUCAUUUUGCAGUAUCUGAUUUUCAACUCCACACAGCUUUGAGCAUUCGCUGUGAGGUGAGCUGAAAUACCAAAUAUUUCUUUAUUGAGCUGAAUGUCUUCAGAACCACUUUUCUCUGUGCAGCCAACUCUAGCUGAAAAAUGAAGCACGCAGUAUUAUUUUCUAUCAUACGUUGAUAAAAAUCACCAAGCUCAGUUAGAGGAAAAUACUGGUCCUGUUGGACUUUUUUGCUCAUCUCGACCACAGAAAUGUGUAAAUGUUUCACUUUGUACAGCAUGGUGUAAGUCAAAGUCACAUUAACUCCCAGUGCUGGAAGGAUGCCAACAAGCUCGAAACUACAGCAUCAAAUUAGAUUAAAUAUCUUGUGGCGAGUUGCCAUUAAAAUUCAUCAUGCAAUUUUAUUUUCUUCCUUUAAAUGGUUCAUUUUAUCUGUUCAGGUGAAAAAAAUAGAAAGGUACCAUUUGAAUCUGUGCACGGGGCGAAAACAACGUUUGGAAUUUAUAGGAAAGGACUAUGUACAGCUUUCAUACUUCAUCUGACAAAGCAUCAAAGUCUAUGAUAUGAAUCAGACAAGUUGCCUUAAGUUGUAAAAACAAAUCAGCGUAAUGAGAAAUGGCCUGAAGACGAAGUUUUCUUGAUUCUGGCAUCGGAUUCUUUUCAAAACAAACAAAAAAAAGGUCUAAAUGUACUACAUGACCUACAUCGUUUUAAAAAAUAAAUAAAAAAAUAAAGUUUUUAUUACAUUAAGAUAAGAUAAAACCUACACUUGUCUGAUUAAGAUUUUGGUGACCUCUGCCCUGCAGUCGAAUGUAUAAUAAUGUAACAUAAGGACACCAGUAUUUUCUUUAAAGAAAUCCUCCAAUUUCUGCACUCUGCCCUUCAUUACAUAUACCGUAUGUAGCGUUGAACAUGAAGCCAGUCCAAGUGUUCAGGCUUUACCCAACUGAUUUCCUGAGGGACGAACAGCCUUUUCCAUAAAGGGGCUUAUCGAGGGGCACCUGACCUUUGAAUGGUGUGGAAUAAGGUUUUUAAACCCAGAGGUGUGUCUUUGGCUCAGAGAGAAGGUCAAAACAUCAUCCUGCAGAAAGAAUACACAACAGUUUGGUUUUUGAUGUGAUUUAGGAAACAAGAAAAUUACUUUAAGACCUACUAACUAUGAAUAAACAGUUAUGAAAUAAAGAGGGCUGGUUGUACUGUUAGGGCAGAAUGAUACCAACAAGAAAAAACAGGCCAGCUAAAACAAGCUCUGCCCUCACUUUAGCAAAAGGCCAACCUGUGAAGAGGCUGACAUUUAUCAGACAUUUGAAACAAUAAUAACAAAACACAAUGGCAUAAUUGCCACGGUGGAACACUUUUUCUCUCUGUACUCGGAACAGGCUUGACAUCAACGACGGUGCAGCACAUUAAACAAUCCAAUUGAUAACAGUGGUUGGAAAUUUCUUUAUGCUCGGCUAUUGUAUACACGUGCUCUUUUUUGCCCCCUUGUUUGGUUUAUUAGCUUGUCGCUGGAGCUCCCAUUGUGUAAGUGGCCAUUUCAGACUGCAGCAAUGUUGCUAUGAUAAGCAUUUAAUGGGUUUAGAAACCCUUCACUCUAAGAAAACUGCUUUUCUGCCUCAAGGUACAACGUGAGGUCUCAAAUGGAAAUCAACAUGACAGCGGCACUCACCAAAAGCAUUUUUUCCUUCAGUCUUCACUAUUUUCUGUCUUCAUACAGGGUGUCAGCAUAUCGCCAUUACGAAGACGUGCUUGUGUUUUCCUAUGGAGAGUGUAAUUGCCUCCAAGCAUUGGCGCCAUGCUCAGCUAAGAUAAGAGAAAAUGUUGCACAUCGUGACGUACCGCCACAUCUCGGGGUGCUUUUUUUGUGUUUUUUUUUUAAAGUUGAGGCAAGUAGAUGGUGACGCUGAUGUCCUCUUUCUCCAGAUACAAUAGAUCUGUGGUUGUUGAUGUGUAGACACUGUCGGCCUCGGGGCUCACCUCUAAUACGGUAUAUUAUGUUGGUGACAAUGUGAUUGAGCAGUCGAGUUUUGUCAAUGUAGAAACAAUCUGAGAGGUUGUGGUAGUGUAAGGGGCCCUACAUCGUUGGCCAUUCAUCAAUCUGCUUUGUAAAAUGUGAUAUUUUGUACUGAAUAUUUAUAUGACACGAUUAAAUAUCUUUAAAAUCA